UACCCUUGGAUCUUAUCGACGCCCCCGCAAACCGAAGCCAACCGUCACACACGCUCGACCGCGACCGGCAACGAUCAAGUGACACUUACGUCGGAGUGACCGUCGAACACCCCGGUGACCGGCCAUCAGCGACCACCCUCAGCGGUCGACAGCAACAGGAGCAGCAACGUUCACGGACACCUUGCCAGUUCGAGGAUCGGGCAACAGGAGGAAAAUGAUGGGCUCAACGGUGGUGAUCCUCGUUUCGAUGACGACCAUGGCAAUCUUCUGUAACAACGUUCUAGCAGCUUUGCCGACCCAAUGCAAUCCCGGAUUUCUGGACGAUCUUCCCCCUAGGAUCCGCAAAGUCUGCGCGGCUCUUUCCAGGAUAUAUGAGCUGGGCUCAGAGAUGGAGAGCUACAUCGAUGACAAAGAAAAUCAUAUAACAGGUUUUCACGAGAGCAUUCCCUUGUUGGACAGCGGCGUGAAAAGACAGGACGUCGACCAUGUUUUCCUCCGUUUCGGAAGGCGUCGUUAGGCCGCCCGCAAAUUAUGCUUUACACUAAGAAGAUACUGAACAAUUUACCUCUCAUCACUUGAUCGUCUCAUCGUCCCAGCUACUAAAGGAUAUUUUACGAAUUAUUUUAGACAUUAAUCGUGCAAACUAUAUAACGAGAAUGACUCGCUGUUUCUGUAUAAAGCGCACUGCGUUCGAACGAGGCCUAGCUGCGCCGAUGGGGUUCGUUUCUUCUUGCAAAUAAAUUCUUUAGCCAAAGCAGAAGCAACAUGGACCGACGUCGAUUAAUUCAUUCAGCUGGAACUUGAUUUUACUUCGUAAGAUAAAUAACGGAGCGGUUAUGCAGCCAUCUCUAAUAAUAUUUUCUUUGAUCGGGACCCUUUCGUUCCGAUGUAAUUUCGAAUAUCCGAGGGACUUCCUAUAAUAUUAACGCGGAUAUGCUUCGAGAAGUGAAAGGAAUAAAUAUUAAUGGAAAGAAACCUUAUUAAAAUAUCACAAAUUGUUGUUUAUUUUCGAUGUUUUGAAAGAAUAAAAUAGCUUUCUUCCCUAAUGACGAUCCGGGGUUUAUUAAGUCUUAAUAUAUAAAACUUAAUCGGCUGAAAUCUAACUUCGAAUAUCCACACGCAAGAGACUUUAUCUUUCCUAUAACAUGAACGUCAGAAUGAUUUCAGACAUAGGGAAUACAUAUUAAUAAAGGAAACCUCAUUAAAAUAUGACAAAUUGAUGAUGCGACAAAAUGACGUUGCGUAGAACUCCUUAAAUUCAACACAAGCUAACCAUUUAAUUAAAUUAUUGUAAAAGGAAGAAGACACACGAACAAUUCACUUCGACGAAAAUUUUAUUUGAUCGCGUUGCAACAGGGACAGAGUGAUUAACGACUGUGUAAAAAUAAAACGCAAAACUUGUUUCACAAUGCACGUCCACAGGGUGACUGAUUUUUGUUAACGACAAACAACAACCGAGUGUAAAAUGUUCAAGACACAUACAUAACAAUCCAAUGUACAAGGUAUAUUUCGUAACCCUAACCGAUAAUCUAGUUCACCACGAUUCGUGCAGCUCCCAGAUAAAACACAUUCAAGACUCUUGUUCCCUCCGUCAUAGGUGGAAAAUAGUUUCGCGGAUUCUUUAUCGUUCUAUUAUCUACAAAAUUUCGACUUUUUACAGGCCAUUGACAUUCCUACCCCACGUCAACGGAAACAGACGUUCCCGGCGUUGAUAUCGAUCGUUAACAAUUAAAAAUAUUGCAAGUAAUCAGGUAUAAUGAACGUAUGUAUACUCCUACGCCAUUUUCGUUCUUCAUCUUCGAACACAUUCUAUGGCACUCAAGGAAACAAAUCCAUCAAUCUCAUCGAUUUUUAAACAUUUAAUGGGCCCGGCUGGUCACUAUAGCGACCGAAAAUGAGAUUCUUAUUUAAUUUGCACAUGCUGAAAAUGUUGAUUAAAAUCAACAGAUAUUAUAAAUAUAAUGUAUCCUUGCUCCUCCUACAAAGAUGAUUAAAAUGAAAUUUAAUUUUGAAUAUUAA